AUGGCAGUCUCAACAAUUGAAUGCAAGGAAUUCACAGCUGCCGAGGGACAUUACACACAGAGAGAGAAUAUUUUUAUAGAAACAAGAGUGCCAAAUUUGACUGGUGGGACCUCGGUGUCCAUAAUUUCCGUGAAAUAUAAAGAGUAUCCGAGCUCGCCUAAUGCCGAUGGCGGCUUGUUAGCGAUAGACCGCGUGGGCGAAAAUAUUUCAGACACUCGGUCAACUUCUGUGACUGAAAAUACUUUGGUGGUGGACUUGGAUGAACCAACGGAAUUAGAUAAAUCAGAACCUUUAUCGCCAAUCAUUGAGGGUAACAGCCUUGGAUCCCCAAUACAAUCAUCACCCGUCGUGAAGCCACCUUCGGCCGGCAAUGGAGCCGUCCCAACGGCGAUCGAAGGAAAGAAGGAUGAUGAUAUGUUUUCAGUCUUCAACGUGAUGAAAAGGAAAAAAACAAGGGGAAACAUCACCAGGACGACGUCGUCGCUUGUGGCUAAAAUAACCCAGAGCGACAAUCUGGCGAAGAUGUUGGCGAAUCGACAGAACGAAGACACCUACCUAUUUGUUAAUGCGGGACGAGCGUUCUGUUGGAUAGACCUAACUCACCCAAAGGUAUCGCAUAAUUUUACGAUAAUAUUUAGUGGUGAUGCGCGGGAUGUUAUAAUUGGGUUUUCAUCCGGUGAUCUUAUUUGGUUUGAUCCUUUGUGCAGUAAAUAUAAUCGGCUCAAUAAGCAGGGUGCGAUAAACAAUUCACCUGUAACGAUGGUGAAGUGGAAGCCCGGUACGGAAAAUCUUUUUAUGGUCUCUUAUCAGAAUGGUUCGCUAGUUGUAUAUGACAAGGAUAGGGAUGAUCAGAGCUUCACGCCGCCAGCAGGGAACGAAGAAGAGGGGUAUGUGUUAACGGGCGGCCAAGAUGAUUUGGUCACCAUAUGGGACUUUCGGGAACAACGUAUUGUGGCCCGUUGUCAAGGACAUCAGUCGUGGGUUACCGGCGUAUCAUUUGAUCCGUGGAUGUGUGACGAACGUAACUAUCGGUUUGGUUCCGUCGGUGAAGACACGAAACUAUUGUUGUGGGAUUUCAGUGUGAACGCGUUGCACAAGCCUAAGAGCAUCGCAACAUCCCGUGACACUGAUCUCUCUUACACGCACAUACUACACGUACACAUCUUUGACAUCGAUAAAAUGUCUUCGUCCGCAACAAUUAGUUCUUGGUCGUCGGUAAUUGAUGAGCAAGAAGAUGGUUUUGACGCAGAGGAUGAUCUGGAAACGGAAGAACAGCGACUCGCCAAUGGCAAUAGGGAUGCCGUUCUCUUUGUGAUCGAUUGCUCGUUGUCAAUGAUGAGUGAAGAUGCAAAUGGUGAUGUACCGUUCCGUUCAGCAGCCCAAUGCGCAUCCGCAGUAAUGAUGAACAAGAUUAUUAGUGCAAAUGAUAAUGACUUCUUGGGCGUAAUGCUCGUUGGCACGGAAAAGUCUCAGAAUCCGCUUGAGAAAGAACACAUUUACGUCCUGCAGAACAUGGAUCAAUCGGACAUUCAUCGAAUCAUGGAGUUGAAUAAAAUUUCCGAUUUCGAGCAGUCUGAUUUCGUACGAGAAUAUGGAAUUACCGACAAGGAGUAUCCGUUCGGUGACGUCUUUUGGGUCUGUAGCGAAUUAUUUAACUCAAUAACAGCCUCAUCAUUGAAAACGAAGAGAAUCUUUCUGAUCACCGAUCAAGAUAAACCUCAUUCGGACAAUCCCGUCUUGCGUAGUACGGCGAUUACGCGUGCAAGAGAUUUAAUCGAAUCAAAAAUUGAAAUAAAUUUAUUUAGCAUCAAUAGACCCGGCUCAACUUUUGAUCUUAAUGCUUUUUAUGCGGAGGUACUUAUGGCGGAUGAGGAAUAUGGCGAUUCACCUCACGUCAGCGCAUCGAAGAAUUUUGAUGGCUUAUUGUCUCAAAUUUUAUCCAAAGAAUUCCCUAGGAGGUCCAUGUUUUCUGUACCCUUUCGUCUGUUUGAGGGCGAAGGGAUGACGAUAGGUGUUAAGGGUUAUAUUGUGAUCAGCGAGCGGAAGAAACCUCCACAUAAGUGGGUUCAUAUGAGGGGCGAGACCACGCGUUUGACAGAAAGCAAGACAAAAUUGAUCUGUGCGGACACUACGCAAGAACUAUUGCCCCAAGACAUAAAAAGCGGUUUCUUUUAUGGUGGAGAAAGGAUCGUUUUUACCAAAGAAGAAAUGCAAAAAAUUAAAGAAAUUGGAGACAAAGCGUCAGCGCUAAAAGUUCAUUAUAAUAUGGAUGCCUCUUAUCUUUUAUAUCCCGAUGAAGAGCAAUAUGAGGGUAGUAGGAGGACAUUUGCGGCUUUGCAUAAAAAGAUGAUUGAGAUGGAAAAGGUCGCAAUCUGUACCGCUAAUCUUCGCGCAGGUAGUUUAACGAAAUUUGUCGCCUUAAAACCUCAGCCUGAAUUGCUUGACAAUGAAGGACGGCAGAUACAACCCCCCGGGUUGAGUAUGUUUACACUACCUUUUGCCGAUGACAUUAGACCUCUUCCACCUCACGCCUCCAUCACACCAGCCCCCGAUAUCCUGGUCGAUGCUAUUAAACCGAUAAUUGAGAAGCUUCAGAUUAAAGGAGGAUAUAAUCCACAAAGAUUCAGCAAUCCUUCAUUGGCGAGGUUUUACAAUGUGUUAAUAGAUUUGGCCCUUAAUCGAGACGUGGAGGCGGAAUUCGCCGACUCGACCAUGCCAAAAAAUUCGUUAAUUCACCAGCGUGUUGGAGAGUUUGUUAAAUCAUUUAAUCUAGAAGCUGACGAGCAAGCAAGCUCCCAUGUUGAUAUGACAACAUUGUAUGCUGAAAACAAGGUCAACAAGGCUACGGUGAUUCAACUAAAGGAAUUUCUUAAUAGCGUGGGCAUUAAGCCAUCUGGUAAAAAAGAUGAUCUUGUUAAUCAG